GAGAUGUGUUCCUCGAACCAUUUAAAAUGCGUGUCAUUCCACUCUUCUCGCACCAUCUGCCACUCUCGCCCCCGGAAGCUCUCCCGCGCCGACUCUCGGACUUCACCGGAGAUAUCUGUAGUGUUUGCGAUCUCGGUGGAAUCCACUCUUCGUUGGAAAUGGUUCUCCAGAACGAUAUCGAUUUGCUCAACCCUCCGGCCGAGCUCGAGAAGAGGAAGCACAAACUCAAGCGGUUGGUGCAGUCCCCUAACUCCUUCUUCAUGGAUGUCAAAUGCCAAGGUUGCUUCAACAUAACAACGGUGUUUAGCCAUUCGCAAACAGUCGUUGUGUGUGGGAAUUGCCAAACUGUGCUGUGCCAGCCCACUGGUGGGCGCGCGAGGCUCACGGAAGGAUGCUCCUUUAGGAAGAAGGGCGACUAGUUGUGUUGAUGCUAUGGUUACACUUCUUAAUCUUAUCUAGAACACAAAAAUUGUUAGUAGAGUUUGUUUUGGGUUUAGUAGCGACUUUUCUGGUACAAGCUUUUGAACCUUAAAUCAUGUAAUACUGUCUUUGUCUUUUACCUUUAAUUUAAUUUAAUGAAUGGUGUUUUCUCUUUAA